UCGUCUAAUUGGUGUAUCUUAAUUCGUGGUUAUUAUUUAUUGGUAAAAUUUUCAUAAACCUUUAUCAUCAAUUAACUCUUUUUUCAAUCUUGUUUCAAAAAUAAUUUCUUACUGUGGCAUUGAUUGUUCUUUGUCAUACGGUUUGCGAAGUCAUAUUACUUUUGUGAGUGGCAUUGUUUUUUAGAAUGCCUUCCACAAUUUUAAAGUUUUCCGGUACUCUGAGUAAAACUGAUCCUAUCAGUGUACCAGUUUUUAUAGUGGGUCAAGAAAAUCAUGUAACUAAUUUGUCCUAUUCUGAAAUAAAAUGCAAGUUAGAGCCACGGGUUAAUGAACAGACUUAUAGAUCUGCUAUAUCGUUAUUGAAUCCGUGUCCAACUGAUACUUGUCCACUUUUUCUUAACACUGCCACUGUAGCAUGCUUUUCCAAUAAUCGUAGUCGUCAUAAUUCUUCGGCACAACCCCAUAUGCUCACCAAAUUGAUCAACUCAAAUUCAGCUGGUUAUGAUGAAUGCAUUGUGAUUGUUUGUACACGAGAAGAUAUGUUUGCUUCUGGUUGUGCUGCAGCUCGAGCAUUCUAUGAUUUUUGCUGUAAAACUAAAGUAUAUGUUGGCAAAUUAAAGGCUCAAAAAAAAUCUAUUGUAACUGUUACAAUAGAGUUUCUAAUUAUUCCCAAUGCUAAUGAUCCAGAUUAUAAAGUAUCGAAAGAAGAAAUAGAAACUAUGGAAAGAAUAGCUAACUCCGUUAGGAUGGCAGCACGUAUUGUAGAUACUCCAUGUAAUUACAUGAAUGUUGAUCAUUUCUUGGAUGAAAUAAAGCAAGUAGGAGCAGAUUUGAAUAUUAUCCCAGUUAUAAUCAGGGGUGAAGAAUUGAAGAAAAAAGGACUAGGAGGAAUAUAUGGUGUAGGUAAAGCGUCUACUGUAGAGCCAGCAUUAGCUGUAUUAUCUUUUACCCCAAGUGGAGCUACAGAAACAAUUGCUUGGGUUGGCAAAGGUAUUGUUUAUGAUACUGGUGGCCUAAGUAUAAAAGGAAAAACCUCUAUGCCAGGCAUGAAACGUGAUUGUGGUGGAGCAGCUGCUAUAUUAGGGGCAUUUCAUGCCAUAGUAAAAACUGGCUUCAAACAGAAUCUUCAUGCCAUUUUUUGUCUAGCUGAAAAUUCUGUUGGGCCAGAUUCAACACGUCCAGAUGAUAUACAUACACUUUAUUCAGGAAAAACUGUCGAAAUCAACAAUACAGAUGCUGAAGGACGUCUAGUUCUAUCAGAUGGUGUAGUGUAUGCAUCUAGGGAUCUUAAUGCUAAAAUAAUAUUAGACAUGGCUACACUUACUGGAGCACAGUCAAUUAGCACUGGGAAAUAUCAUGCAGCAGUGAUGUCUAACUCGGCACAAUGGGAAAAAAAAGUCGUUUCUGCUGGCCUUGUGUCUGGAGAUUUAACAUUUCCAAUUGUUUACUGUCCAGAACUACAUUUCUGUGAAUUUUCAUCAUCUGUAGCUGAUAUGAAAAAUUCUGUAGCUGACCGUUCAAACGCCACUUCAUCAUGUGCCGGACUUUUUAUAGCAGCUCAUCUAGGCUUUGAUUCUCCUCAUAAAUGGAUGCAUGUGGAUAUUGCUGGGCCAUCACACUAUGGUGAAAGAGCAACUGGUUAUGGAGUUGCACUUUUGAUAGCACUUUUUGCUCAUGAAUCAACCAAUCCUCUAUUAGAUACAGUUGCCAAGUUAACAAAAUUACCAUAAUAUAAAUGGUCUACUUUAUGAUAACAAUAUUUUAUUAAACCUUUUUCAGAAAAAAUCAAUUAAAAUC